AUGUCUAUAAUAGCAUCAUAUUCACAUUUUGUAUACAAAAAACUUCACCAUAGAGAUGAACACUGUAUUUCCUCUUUUGUAAGUGGCAAAGAUUCUUUGUUUUGGCGCAAGAGUUGUUUCGGGAACAUAUUGAUUGAAAACAGAAACAAAGAACAAAAGAUUAGAAGAAGAAAUUUUCGUGUGGAAUCUAUGUGGCCAGAUUUGUCUAGACCAAGUACGAUUGAAAUGGAUGCUAUUAAUGAUUCUGAACAGCUUGAUCAAAUUCUUGUUCAUGCUCAACAAAACUCUGAGCCUGUUGUUAUUGAUUGGAUGGCUGCUUGGUGCCGGAAGUGCAUAUAUUUGAAGCCCAAGUUGGAAAAAUUAGCAGCCGAAUUUGACACUAAAACCAAAUUUUACUAUGUGGAUGUUAAUAAAGUACCUCAGACUCUAGUCAAGCGUGGCAACGUCUCUAAAAUGCCAACAAUUCAGUUAAAUUGUGUGCAGCUUUGGAAAGAUGGAGAGAUGAAAGAAGAAGUGAUUGGAGGUCAUAAGGCAUGGCUAGUAAUUGAAGAAGUAAGAGAAAUGAUUCAAAAGUAUAUAUGA